AUGAUGGCAUCACAUCUUGUCAGUACCCUUCUCUUCGUCCUUACAGUGUCUGCAUGCUUUCGGAGAUCGUGUAGGUUCAUGAAAAAUAAUCAGCCAAUUUAUUUUUAUUUUAAGUUAAUGUUUUAUUUAGGGCACGUUUUCCACGGCGAUUUUUUUUAUAAAGACUGUAAAAUUCUCUGAAUACAAACGGCCUAGAUUCAAAACGAAGACCAUUCCACCAUUAUUGCAAAUCAGAAGAUACAAUAUGAGAUUACGGUUUUCCGGACGAAUAUAUGUGCCUAAAUGUUCCUCUGGAAAAUAACCAACUUGCUGCGCUUCUUUUGAAACAAAUAAUAGCGUCUGUAGGGCAUUUAGUCAGUUUGCACCUUUUAGUUAUAUGCUAAUUUAAUAACAUCUAUAAAAAUGGAUAAAUGCCACUAAAAUAUAUACGCUUUCUAGAGGUCUUGACAUACUGAUUUAUAAAAAUAAAGCAGAAUGUUACAUAGAUGCAUUGUUCAAAGAGGGCGACAUUCAUUUGUUUCAUUUCCGUGCUAGGUUUAGCGGACAACACCGCAUAAUACCGCCAAAGAUAUUGGCUAGCAGCGAACCGACCGCAUGUCUUCGAUAUGCUGCUAUUUUUGCGCAAUAAUCUGCAAAAUUCGAAAAGUUUUCGACGCGGUAUUUAGGCUAGACAUGUGACGACCAGCUUUUAAUGAGAGCACUUUAAGACGUACGGAGAUUUUGCAUACUUAAUUCUCCUUAGUUUCUUUUAAAAAAUUCUUAAUCAUUUGAAACUCAUUUAAAUAAAUGGCCGUCAGAGCACGUUGCCUAAGUUAAAUAUUUUUAGUAAAAUUUAAGAGUUUUAUAAUUGGUGAAGGUAAAGUUGCAUUAAUAUCCCUUUUAUUUAUAUUAAAUUAUAGUUUGCAGCAACUCGGCCACACCGAUCGAACACAUAAGUGCAUUUUCAUGAACUUUUUUGAGCACACAACUCGACCACUUGUCUUCGCGAUAGAACGGGGAAACAAUCGCAUAAAUUGACUUAGAUGGUGAACAGAGUUUUCAGAGUCCUUCUCAGAAGGCCACGUAUUUGUAUGAGCCUCUCGCCUAAGAGUCAGAUUAUCUCAUCGAGGCUAAGGGCCUAUUACUUCUGGAGGAACAUAACUGAACCCUACGUCGGGCUGGGCAAGCCGCCUGGUGGCGCGAUAUACAGGAGUUAAAACGCCCCAAAGGAUCGUGCCAGUCAACCGUCUCUUUCUUCAUGCCAUCGAUGAGGCAGACGUCGAAAGUGAAUCGUGCAGUGUAGUUCUGUUUAAUAUUUUUCCUCAAACUUUACUGGUCAGUGCGGAAACGGUGGUCGAAAGUCAAUAUCUCGUGGUCGGUUAAAAUAGUACAGCUGGGAGCUAAGAGAAAGUGAUGGAAAUGCUUUAGCUCAUGCAGAUGACGAGUAGUUAGCAACGUAAGAUGCCCCAUAAUGUUUCGGUCGACGGACGUUUCUUGAGGAAGAAGCCAUACUGCGAAGGCGUCUUUUACUGACAACAGAGGCGCCUAAGGAGCAGGAUGCUUUGGCACGGUAUGCGUUACCAGUUAGCUCGAGGAAACACUUAAGAGAGAAAUGCAUGCUAGUGUCCGGAAGCAUGAAGUCAACAUACAGCAGGUGGGCUAACUCAUGAAAUUUCAGCCGAAAUUCCGAAAUGCGUCUUCGUUUCGAAAAGAUUAAUUAAGUAGGGUUGUAAAACUAAGCAUUAUGCAGCAUAAUUCUAUGAUAAUUCAGUUACCCCAGGACGGUGGCUUUCGAACAAGCGCUUUUCUGGCUGCAUCCAAAAACCACACUCCGUAAAAAUUACUUAUAUAACAUGCGUUUUGUUCACUGAUUUCCGGCUGCAUGCAAAAAUUGCACUCGUAAAAAAUGACCGCUUAUGUAGCAGGCAUUUUUAUUAUUGAUUUUCGAUGCCCCUAAAAGUCCAAUUAUAUUUCGUGGAAAAUAUGUAUAAAAAUAUUCAUCCUUCUGCUCAUUCGGUAAAAAAAUUACGUCGUCUUCCAACUUUAUACUCAAUGGAAGGACAUAAUUCGGUUUUAAAAGGUUACUAAUUUCGGGACUUUUAUAUACCGUGAAAUGGCCGUUCAUACAUCGUCAUGUCUCUGCAUAGACCAGUGUGGCUUGUAAAGUUAACAAUAUGGAUCAAAUCCGCUGCUUAAUUUCAUGAACGCCAUAUGGCCCCCCUUUAUAACCGUAGAGAAAUAUGUAGUUUUCCGUACGUGGAAAAUUUGCGGCUUGUAGUUUUGAAACCCUGAACCCAAGUGUGACGGUAGGGCGGGUUAAAAUUAUUCGGGAAUUUUAAAGCUUUUUUAAAACCGAAUUAUGUCCCUCCUUCGAGUAUAGGUUUGGAAGAAGACGUAAUUUUCUGCCGAAUGAACGAAUGAAUGAAUAUUUUUAUGUAUGUUUUCCAUCGAAUAUAAUUGGACUUUUAUGGGCAGCGAAAAUCGAUGGGAAAAAUUCACGCUACGUAUGCAGAUAUUUUUUACAGUGUAGUUUUUGCAUGCAGCCGGAAGGAAGUUCAUUAAAAAGCCGGCAUUCUGAGGUAACUGAAAUAUUAUAAAAUUAUGUUGCAGGCUGACUAGUUUUACAACCAUAAUUAAUUAAUCUUUUCGGAACGAAAACGCAUUUCGGAAUUUUGGUUGACAUUUCAUGAGCUAGCUCACCUACUGUAGUUCUGCGGUAACCGCCGGUAAAUGUUAACCAUGCCUAGGAACCGCUGUGAAUGAUGCUUGGAUGUGAGCGGGAAAGAAUAAUAAAGGGCUGUAACCUUGGCAGGUAGAGGUAGACUAACCUCGAAGGCGAUAUCAUGUCCACUGAAUUCGAGGGAAUGCACACCAAAUCUGCACAGGAAUGCACCGGUGCUGACACCCUACUUGCCCAGAAUAUCAAUUAGCUAGACGAGAAACUUCCUGAGUUUUUCAGCAUUACAAAUAGUCGCUUAGGUAUCAUAUAUAGGCGCACACUAAGGGUAGACUGCGUAAGGCAUGGCUGAUAAACCCCUGGAACGUCUGACCGAAAGGCAUGGGAAUGAAAUCAGAUAGGUUAGAUUAAGUAUUAACAGCGAUGCUUUAAGUGGCCUCUGAGCAAAAGGUAUCUGGCGCAACACACGCGCUAGGUCGAUCUUCGAGAAAACCGAUUUACCAUGCACAGCUCAGUGGACGUCAUGAAAAUUAGACACAGGGUACCCAUCACGAAUGACAGCGCUGUUAAAUGCACCGCUGCCGGUAAGCGUAAGUCGUCGCCGUACACAUGAGAGGUAAGCUGCAUGAAUUUGCGAAAUGAGCGAGGCCGCGAGCAGAUAUUCAUUCAAGUAAUUGAGUUCACCGUCGGUUCACAAGAAGAUUGACCUUGUCAAAAAAUUAACACUGACGAUUGCGUUGGAGGCAUCAGCAAUAAGUAAGAUCGAAGUGAACGAGCGUCGAAGGCCUUUGCUUAGUGUAGGAAAAAAACUGCCAAGUAUGGCAGUGCGUGGGCGUUGACAGUCUGGAAACGUAGACAAACGUUCUGACAUCGGCGGUCCACCGGAGGUUGGGAGACCACCCCGCUGCUCUGAUCUUCAGUGCCCAGGGGGAAGCGUCCGUGAGCCAGACUGUAACAAAUUUAAAAGGUGUAACCAGGGUCAGAGGGUCCAGCCAGACCGAUUCAAUUGAAAUUUGGACUGACUCUUCCCCUCCGUUGUUUGUACUAAGAGGCGUGAAACAUUAAGCGAUGAACGUUGAUACCAGAAGUGAAAUAAUGCUAGCGAGCGGCAGUUGUACUGGAGCCAAAUUAAGAUUGGAAGUAGGUCUGUCGUGGUAAGUUUUUUAAUCAUCAAAAUCCUCUCAUCGAUGCAACGGCAGCGACACUCUCCUACUUGGCAUAAUUACAAGAAAUUGUACAGGAAUUGGUGAAAAGCCAACGUCUUCCUUCAAAAUGAAUGCCAUAGAACAACGAUCCAUGCCUUUUACCACGAACUAACUCAUGUCGAACGUGCAGGCAAAAACAGAGCUAAAAAAUCUGUUCAAUGGUCCUUGCUUGAGAAUCGAAAAUAAAACAGUUAGACAGCGAAAAUGGGUAUACAUUAAUUGUCAGAACAUAUUGUCGGGCACGUUGAGAAGAAACGGUAUUGUGCGAAACGGCAAUAAUCAAGACGUUAACCUAUGUUGUGAACAUAACGAUUAUUAAAUCAACUUAAACUGGUUGUCUGCUUACCUCUGCACGCCUUAUUUAGCCGAUCUAAAUCCGAGGGAUCUCAUUGUCGAGGUUCUGGGUCCUACGUCCGUGAAACUCUCAUGGAAGCCGCCCAAAGGACCAACAAAUGGCACACCGGUUUACAACAUAAGACUAGGUAAAGAAUUCAGAGCCAUAACCAAUGCCACAAUCAUUACCAUUUCUGAUCUUCGUCCCUCCACCAAAUACAAAUUCAGCGUGCAAACAAUAAUCGAAGAAUUUAACUUGGCUACGCCUGGAAUUGACGCAAUCGCAAGAACAGCCAACCUAGGUAAGUCUUGAAACCGUCAUUUACUAAACGUUCGGUCUGCAAUUUAGUUAAAAGGCUGCAUUUUCAGGCUGGCAACAUGUUCCUCACUUCCAAAUCAGUCAGCUAGCAGUAAGCUGGAAUAUAAGUGAUACAAGCCAUCAGUGUUUAUCAGUAGACUCUCAGUUUAAGGAGCAUUGCACAGUUGAUGGGAACCUUGGCUUUUGCCUGAAAGUAUCCUGACUACAGAAUAAGGACUACAGAAUGGUCUUCUUCGGUUUACUACCUAUCAUUCUGCAGUGUCAUCGAGUCGCGGAUGCUGGAGAACCGGGAGGUGGAAAGCGUGUGCUAUUGGGCUCUCAUUUCCAAUAUAGCAGGUUUGCGCCAAAUUUCCAAAGUUUCACUAAAUGUGCCAUUGAGCUCCCUAGCCACAGGAUUCAGCUGACUCACAAUUCCUCCAUCAUGCUUGCUACUGUGCCAGAGACUGCUCACUGAUCUGUAUUUGCCGGUCUUUCUGCUGAAAUGAUUUGAACGAACGGCGCUCGCUUUUGCCUGGAAGUAUUGUCACCUUGGAAUAUUGACUGCAGAAUCGUCAUCCGCGGUUUACUAACCGCCGCUUCGCUGGUUUUCCUGCCUGCGGCGAUAGUUGAUUGGUCGGUCAUGUCUGUGUGGCCAACGAAUGAGAUUGUGCCAUGUGGAUUGACACCUAGCGGGCUAAUUGGCCAGUCAUUUGACGGAGCGUCAUCCUGCAGUGUUUUCUUCAUCGCAGAUGCUGGAGAGCCGGCAGUUCAAAACCACCUGCCACUGAGCUCUCUGUUCCAAAGCAAAAGGUUUCUGCUAAAUUUCCAAAGUUGUGCCUAUGUACUAGUGAGCUCUCCAGCCUCUGGUUUCUACAGACUCAAGGUUCCCCCAUCGAGACCGCCUCUGUAAAAACAGCCAAAAGAGAACCGCUCACUGAUCUGUAUGCACCGGUCGUUCCGCUAACAAAAGGACCGCUGAGACGAGUUGAAUGUACCGUCCUGAGUUAUAUCUAGAGUACGUUGACUUCGUAUGCGGAGAAGUUUGAUAAGUCGUCAAAUUUGACGAUUAAGGCGAAUGUGAGGUCUCGGUGCCGAUCUUGUCAGCAAACGCAAGGGAAGAGAAGGCAGUUCAUUCACAAACUAAGUAAUCGAAGACAUAAGUGGGUUGUUUUGCUUGUCAAAACACUUGGGGGUGGCUAUAUGCCACGGAAAACGCAGAAAACAGCAAUAACCGCGCUGUAAGGACUGCAUAGUAAGCAAAAGCGAUGGACGAGCACAUGUUGCCCAGAGAGGAGCAUGUUUACUGAAAUUAUGCGAUUAAUGGGAAAAGUCGGGUUCAAAAAGAUACCACAUGAAUACCAGAUAGACUGGAGCAAACUGUUUCGUCCAAAUAUUUGGGGCGAUUACUAAAGACACUGUAGUGACAUGUAAAAUCGUUUUCUUCUAAUGCGCCAAAAUAUGACUUGCGAAAACUUUGCCACAACAGUGAAGAACAAAUUUUUGGCUAAUUUAUCUUUUUCAAUUUCAUUCACUAUAGAUCGGUUUAUUUAUUUAUUUCAAUACCAUCAGAGUGAGCAGGAGGUAAAUGUAGGCAUAAUGAGUUCGUACGAUAUACCGAAAGCAGGCCUUACAUAAACCCUAUGAUUAACCGUUUGUUUUACCACCACGCGAGUUUUUCUAUCAGCGUCGAUAAAUGAUCAGUUGGACAUGUCUGCGUGGUCAACGAAUGAGGCUGUGGUAUGUGGGCUAACAACUAAUGAGCAAAUUUCCCAGUCAUUUGUUGGAGCCACGACCUUAGGAUUAAUGUUACUUCGUCCUCGUGAUAAUCCCUAUCCUGUCUUGCCUUUCUUUAGCAAUUGUUUCGUUUUUAUGGCGUAAAAAUGAUGUUUUGUCAAGCUGACCACAUCGGGUAAAAUUCUCCACGCAUUCCACGCCGAGUCACUGCGUCCUAAAGUCUCACACCCCACUACCAACUGCCCCACAACCUUUGUGCAAAAUCCAUCUUCGAGGGCAAUUUAUUCUCUCAGAAAAUUUCUUAAAUGUUUGCAAGUGACCAACAUUGAAAAUCGCAUCAUAUUUUAAAGGCAUGCAUGCUAUUGGUGCACCAUUAUUAAUGGGUGCACCAGUUGACAAUGAUACGCUAGUGACAAUUUGUUAUUGAUCUCAUCUUUGGCCACUAUUUGCCUUUCCCAUAGAAAGGUGAUUUUCUAGACGAGAAUGUGAGUAGUAAAGACGCAAGUAAUCUUACAUUUCUGUGGCAAAGUACAAUUGCUGCUUAUGCAUUAAUUGGGAGAAGAGCUCAGCGAGAAACAUCUCCACCUAAAACUAAUGCCUCCGGACCGCAUGUCCGACUACACCAUUGGCAUGCGAUUUCCCGAAACAAUCCGCAUUGUAACGAAAUUCCAAGUUGCGUUAUGGAAUAAAUAGUAUUUUAAGAGUAGAUAACUAUCCCGUUGUUGCUUUUGGAAAGGAGAUAAUCUGUCAAUUUGACCCAGCCUAAAAUAUAAGUCCCAACCUGCUUGAUGUUUCGAGUGCCUUAAGAAAGGAAGGCACGUUUCAUUAAUUGCAGAUUUUUAAGAGAGAGGAAGAAAUUUGCUUUGUUUUGAAAUCAUAAAUCAUCAAAAUGUUUAGCAGAACGUUGGCUCCGUUCACUAUGGGCAGUAUUAACUUAAUAGAUUAUUUCUGAGACAAAAUUCUAACACAAAAGGAACGAUUAUAAUGAGGACAGUUCAAGUCAUAGUUUCUGUAUUUCCAUCUCUUUACACGUAAGAUAGCUCGCCAGGAAUGGCAAUACAGAAGCUCGAAAAGCCGAUGUGCGACAAGAUAUAAGACGAAAGCUGCGGCGCAUCGGGCGAGAAGACUUCGCAGAAAUAAAAUCAAUGUAAGGGAUGAACAACGUCAUCUAUAAUCUGACCAGCAUAUUGAUUGACCGUAUACAAAUGUGGUUGUAGGACAGUGUCGACUAAAAAUAGAUAAGAAGCACCAGCGGCAGAAAAAAGCGUUCGGAGGACUCGUUUUAAAAUUAAAAGAUCUUUGAGAAAGCAGGAAAAAUGACAAGAAAGCAGUACAGGAUAAGAGGAAGAAUGCAGGCAUCGAUGGAUAGCCAGACUAAGGAUUGGGGUGUUUGGUAGAAAAGUAAACGAUGAAUGGAAUAAAGAAGUUUACGAACUUCAGUAAAUUGAAUGUUUUUCUUACCCACAUACGAAAAUUGGUCUAGAAUUUGUACUUAAUGAAGAGCGCAAAUAAUACGGUGAUGGACUUGUUUCUGAUGAAUUCUCAUGUUAUUUCUAUCUAGCUAGACGUGGAUAAACCCUUCGUUGCAGGACAUUACUUCAGGCAGUGAUUGUCUGCCAUUAUUUUAUGUUACUCGGCUGAUUACCUAGAUGCCGUUUCCUCAGUUCUGUCCCCUUCUUACAUUUUAAAAGGGGAUAAUCUGCCCUUUCGACUUAAACUAUUUGAUUUGCUCAGCGUUCUUAAACAGACUUGCGUAGUUCAGAAACUGCGCUUCCAGCAUAAUCUAUUUUUCCCGAAAUAUGAAAGGGCGUUCGGACGUUUCGACCCGGGGAUGAGGUUGAAUGCCAAAGUGAUAUCCUCAUCUGCGAUAGAUUCACUUUCUUGUAUUUAUCUAUCUAGAUCCGAACAAGGCCUUCUCCGCGGGUUAUCGCCUCUGGCUGUCCUUCCCUGCCGUUAUUUUAACAGUCAUCUCAUAUUUGUAA